AAACAUAUAGAUCUAGACCUAGAUUCUAUAUUAUUUAUAAUAUAAUUUAGAUCUAGCUUAUACUUAUGCCCUAUAGAUCUAGCUAGUAUAGUCUAGAUUAGAGGAUAAUAGAUCUAAAGAUCCAACUUCUCUUGAUCUACAUCUAUUUAAUGAUUAAUCUAGAUCUAUUUGAAAUAUUUAGAUCUAGAAUUCUAGACUAGUCACUAGGACGAACUUCACGAAGCUUUACUAUCUCACUAAUCUCAGUAUUCUCAGUAGUUUGAGUAGUGAGUUCAGUAGGCAGUAUCAGAGUAUCUCACUCAGUCACUCACUGUAUCUGCUAGAGGCUAGUGGCACCAGUGCUAGAAUCUAUCUCACUCUUUUUUAAUCUGUAGUAUUUACAAAUACAUACAUUGGAAACACUUGAAACAGCAAUCCCAAGGCUCAAGUCUUGAUUUUAAUACAUUGCCGACAUCUUAAUAAAUUAAAUAAGUAAAUUUAAUUGUACCAAACGUAUGUAACUAUCAUACUAUAAAUCAAUGAAAUACUGGAUCACUGCUGAAUAAUCUUACAUUACUUCGUGACUGGAUUAACUGCUUUAAACAUGGCAGCUAUUAAACAGAUCAAGCACAUCAAAAAGCAGGUCAAAACUACUAUUGUGCAUUCCACCUUGGAGAUUAGAGCUAGUGUGUGCACUGACCUAUCUCAGCACGAGUGCUUCCCCAGCAACGUGAGGUCUCAGAUGCACACCUUGUCCGCAUUUUUCACCCGGCAACCCUUCGCUAUCUCAUCCUCCUGCAGCAACAGUACUAAAAUCAACCCGCUCCUAAGCUUCAGCCUAAACCAGCAAAAAGAUGAGGACAUCAGCAGAGACCCUGGCUUUAUUUCACUUGUGAUACACAGGUGCCUUGAGACUAUUGGAAUUAAAUCUAAAGUAGUUUUUGGUGAGAGAAAGUCUGACAAUACUCAUUCUUAUGAGCCACAUGUGUGGCUUGUGAUUGAUGGCAACAUAAUAGAUAAUUGUUAUAUUGAAGAUAUUUGUGAAACCAGUGUUCGCUAUUUACAGGAUAAUGUACACCAGUGCUAUAAAGAAUGUGAACCGGAUUUGUCAAUAUUGAAGGAUAUUAAAUCUAUAGAGCCAGCUGUUAAUUUUAAAAAAUGCCUUUACUUUUAUAUUAAGAAACCUGACCAUGCUCUCGCCUUGAGUUUAAAUAAGGAACAGUAUUAUAAUUAUUACUUUGCUAUGAUUAGGUAUAUGCAUGAACACCAUAAUGCUGCCAUUACUGGUGUAGAUCCAAGAGUGCGCUAUAUAUGCUGGUAUUGUGAGAGGUACCCUAAAGGUGGUAAAAAUUUUAUAUCAGACAUUUUAGUGCAGGAAAUAGAUGCUGAUCAGUGGGUAGACUCUUCUUGUAGUUCCAGUUGGAAGUUUUUCCACUGUAAGCAAUGCAUGGUGGCAAGCUAUUGCGAUAAGUCAUGCCAGAGGAAUGACUGGAAUGAAAUUCAUAAUAUUACUUGUUUACCCCGAGGCUCUGUGUGUCAGUCACCACUAUCACCUGAUGAUGACUAACAGCUCUAAUAUUUUACAAUUAAAAAUUCUAUAUAAAAUUAAUUCCUUAUUAGCCUUAGAAACAUUUUAAAAAAUAAGAUGUUCAUUAAAACAGAUAGCACUUAAGUUUUAUUCAAAACUCAUAGCACCAAAUGAAACCCAAUUAAAUUUUAUUGUUGUUUUAAUAUCUCAGCUGUCAUCUGUUUAUACUGCCUUACUUGCUGCUGAUUGUCUAGUUUACCUGCCAUGAGUUGUACAUUUAUAAGGACUCAAAGGAUGCAUCUUAUGCUAUUUGCUUUUAUGUAUUAAAUGCUUCCAGUGGCUGAUUUUAAAUAUAUAUAAAUUAUAUAUGUGGAUGGUAAAAUAAAAGAUGCUAUUAAAGGAAUUAAACUCCAUUUGAUAAAAACUUGCA